AUGGGGCGGGCCGCGGGGGGAGGUAGGGUGCACAUGGGCAUGGAGAGGGAGGACAAGGUGGUGUUUACUGUGCCCGGUGUCCCAUCCCCCAUAUAUCCCAUUUUUUGUGUGGCACACUGCAGGGAAACGCUCGUGGGAGGGGGAGGCAGGGUGCACAUGGGCAUGGAGGGGGAGGACAAGGUGGUGUAUGAGGAGCAACCGGGGGAGGUGGUAACUGCCAUGACGCAUGCCCCGUUCCUCUACAACAUCACGCACUGCUCUCCCCCCAUCCACGGCCAGGUCAUCUCAUAUCGCAUCUACCAAUGGAUGGAUCUUCACAUCCGCAUGGGAGUGGACCAUUUCUCCCUGAACGAUGUGGGCGGGGUGGACCCGCAACUGCGAACGCUGAUUGCGCCGUUACUGGACGAAGGGAUAGUGGAGAUCACGGAUUUUCGCGACUUGCUGAACUACGAGGUCUGGUACGACGGCCAGGUGAUGAUGGUAAACGACUGUGUGUAUCGCUUCCGCCACCUCUCAAAGUGGAUCAUGUACCUUGACUUUGACGAGUACAUGUUCAUCAAUGGUCAGGAGCGCAUGCCCACGCCGCUCAGCGUGAAUCACUUCCUCAUGCCCUACGAGGGAAUGCCCUACGUCACUCACGGCAGCCUCUGGUGGGACUUGGAUCGCUGCCUGCCCUCCCAAGGCCCUGACGACCCCAGGUGGCCGCUGGAUCGAAUGCUAUGGCACGGGCCGGGGAUCUACUGUAAAGCCAAGGACAACAACACCAAGCCCACCGUGUGCCUGCACCACUACGGCCACCGCAAGCUCUUUGUGGACCCCAGACGGGUGCGAGCUGUGAUGAACCACGGCGUUCGGGAUCCCGCUAAAGGGGGCGCAGACCUGUCUACAGACCUUCUCAGGCACCACCACUUCCAUGGCAUAAUCAGGCAGGGCAUCAAGGAGUGCACCCUCAUAAUGAAGGAGCAUGACAACAUAACCUGGUGGUCCCGGGGGCGAGAGGAAGCGGACAGAAUGGAAUACGUGCGCACCCAUCCCCUUGACACGCAAUACCUUGUUGCGGCACACAGG